GACACAAACGCAGCAGGAUGCAGGCCCGUGCUGGAGUGGAGAUGUUGGCCGUGCUGGUGGUGGUGUCACUGGCUGCCCGUGGAGGUGAAGGACUGACCAAGUGUGAGCUGAGACAGGAACUGAACAUGACUCUGCCUGCAACCGUGCUGGACCGCAUCAAAAAUGAGAUGGCCAAGAUUGUGUGCAAUGUGGAGCUGAUUACUGCCUUCAAUACCAGUGUAGUCACCAACAUCACCUUUCACGAGAAAAAGCACGGUUCCCGCCAUGCUAGGUCUGCAUCAAGGAUGGCCAGUGAGGAAUCCAGUGAGGAAUCCAGUGAGGAUGCCCCCAGUAAGCCUAAAUCUGGUUUUGGUUCUUCUACGAUCAGACCAACCACCUCCUCAGAGGGCAAUGUAUCUUCAACUGGAAGUACUCGUGGUGCACGCCGUGUCAGGUCUGCACGUGGCUCAAACGGUAAGGAAUCACAUGCGAAUGAGCACAGUAAGCCUCAACCAGGUUUUAAUACUAGUACAGCCCACCCCCAAAGUAAUUGCACUGGAAGAGGUCAUGAUAGACGUCAUGCUAGGUCUGCCCACGGGUCAAGCAGUGUGGAAUCCAGUGAGGAAUCCAGUGAGGAGUCCAGUGAAGAAAGCAUGGUCCCCAACUCUGCCAGCAUCACUCCACCAACUGCCAGCAUCACCUCACCAACUGAUCCCCAUGGUAAUGAUUCUUUCCCCAGAGGAGAUCAUGGUAGACGUCACGCUAGGUCUGCCCACGGGUCAAGCAGUGUGGAAUCCAGUGAGGAAUCCAGUGAGGAGUCGAGUGAGGAAAGCAUGGUCCCCAACUCUGCCAGCAUCACUCCACCAACUGCCAGCAUCACCUCACCAACUGAUCCCCAUGGUAAUGAUUCUUUCCCCAGAGGAGAUCAUGGUAGACGUCACGCUAGGUCUGCCCACGGGUCAAGCAGUGUGGAAUCCAGUGAGGAGUCCAGUGAGGAGUCCAGUGAGGAUGACAUCAUCCCCAACUCUGCCAACAUCACCUCACCAACUGAUCCCCACGGUAAUGAUUCUUUCCCCAGAGGAGGUCAUGGUAGACGUCAUGCUCGGUCUACAUAUGAGUCAAGUAGUGUAGAAUCCAGUGAGGAGUCCAGUGAGGAGUCCAGUGAAGAUGACAUCAUGCACUACUUUGCUCACAUGACCCCACCGACUGGUCCCCAGGGUAAUGAUUCUCUCCCAAGAAGAGGUCAGGGUGAACGCCAUGCUAGAUCUGCACACAGGUCAAGCAGUGAGGAAUCAAAUGACCCUGAAGUGUGGACCCUCUACGGCCUGUUCCAGCUGCCAGGCCCAGUCGCCUGCACCUCGGGAUCUGGAUUCUCUCUCAACCUCUGCAACAUGACCUGCAACAGUCUGUUGGACAGUAACAUCACAGAUGACAUAUCCUGUCUGGGGACCAUCAUAAACAACUUGCUGCCAGCAGGCAAAAAACCCAGACGCGCUGAAAACGCCUUCCUGAAACUUUUCGGUGCUCUCCACAAGAAGGAGUGCAACACCGCGGAGAACUCCCAGUAUUUCUCCAGCUGUUGAUUCUGUACCUGAUCCUGAUUGGCUCCUGCUCUUUACUGGAGGCCUGGAAAUGUCCCAUAGCUCCUAGCUACUCCCAGCUGAAACUACUGAAAUGAAAUGAAUGAUGAAAUUAAAAUAAAUUAAACUGCAUAUA